CUUGGAAAAAAAAAAAAAAAAAAAAAGGAAUGGCCAGUAGCCCUGUAUCCCGUCCCCCCUCCCCAGAAAAUGCUGCUUUGAUCUGGGUGACAAACCGAGAAGUGCAUAAAAUGAAAAAAAAAAGAUAGGCUUUCAAGACUUGGCAUUUUUUAUUUCCGGUUUUUAGCUCACUUGUAAUGACAGACAACAUCAACAACACAUUCAGCGCUCGUUAUGGAGAGCUUCCUACCUUACAAUUACCAUCGUUUUUACAAUUUCUCAAGCUUAAAAAUUUUCCACUUAAAGUCUAUCCUGCAGUGAAUGAACCCACGAGACCCACCAAAGACACAUUAUUCAUCUAUGGUCCUGGCCAUCGAAACAGUCAAGCCAGCUUUGAUGUCGAUUGUCUCAUCAUACAGACGUAUUUGAAAUUCUGCGGCGUCGAUUUUGAUGUCGACUAUAUCAAUGAACCAGCAGCAUCACCUUCAGGCAAACUACCUUUCUUGGCAACAGUAACAGGAGCGAUUUAUGACGAUGAGGAAAUACUAAAGUGGAUCAAAGAAACAAAGCCUAUGACACAAGAGCUAACGACAGAGAAGGACCGAGAACAAGCAAAAGCGUUUUUAUCUCUUGUACAAACUAAAUUGAAGGCAGCACUUGUAAGUUCCCCCACAUAGGACAGUGAGAUGACGUCUAUCAAAACUAACAUACGUUGGAAAAAAAAAAAAAAAAAA